CAUCAACUGUGCACUGAAAGAAGUCUCUCACCUACGUCCACUACUAUAACGUCGAGGACUCGCUUGUGGAUAUAGCUCGGAUUCUAGCACAGGUGUUUGGAUUUUGGGACAUUCUUCCGGUCAUGAAUCGGGGUUCUUUGCCCGCCGCUGCUUUUUUGCUACUUACAUUCACGCAGGUUUUAGUGUCUGUGGCUGUGGUGGAGGCACGUCAUUCCGCUGGGCUUAGGAGACACAAGAGGGAAUGGAUCAUACCUCCCCAGAAACUAGAUGAAAAUGUAGACUACACCAAGAAAGAGUUUAUCGCCAAGAUCCGGUCAGAUUCAGACGAUGGGACUGGUAAUGUGCAGUACUCUCUAACUGGGGUGGGAGCUACUAAAUACCCCUUCAACCUGUUCAUAGUGAACCCUGACACUGGCUUUGUACGCAUCACUGGUAUCCUGGACCGGGAGACUAUCGCCAUGUACAAUUUGUCAGGUACCGCUAAGUUCACUGAUGGCAGUGAAGCAGAAAAGAACAUUGAUUUGAGGAUCCAAGUUGUGGAUCAAAAUGAUAACCCUCCUAUUUUUGGUGAUAUUAAACCAGGAGAGGUGUAUGAGCUCAGCCCAAAAGGCACGUCCAUCAUGACAUUGACUGCAACAGACGCUGACGAACCAGGGAAUGAGAACUCUAAGAUUGCCUACACCAUAAUUAAACAGGAGCCUCCAGGAGAGAGCAUGUUCCACAUCACCGAUGAUGGAGUACUGGAAGUUAAAAAAAACACACUGGACAGAGAGGUGCAGGACUGGUACAUGCUGACAGUGAAAGGUACAGAUCUGAACGGUAGACCAGAGGGCAACACCGGCACCGGAACCAUUAGAGUCAACAUCAAGGAUGUGAACGACAAUCGUCCCACUCUGGAGAAAGAUGAGUAUGAGGGCAGUAUUGAGGAGAACACAGAGAACGUGGAGGUGAUGAGGUUCAAAGCGGAGGACAUGGAUAUGGAGAACACUCCUAACUGGGUGGCUCAGUUUGAAAUCGUCAAGGGAAACGAGGCUGGCUACUUCAGCAUUGAGACAGACCCCAAGACCAACGAGGGAGUUCUGAUACUCAAGAAGUCUGUAGACUAUGAAGACGUCAAACACCUUGAGCUGGGAAUAGCCGUAGCUAACCAGGCUCCACCUUAUAAUGGUGAAGGAGGAGGAGGAGGAGGAGGAGGAGGAAGUGGGACAGGAGGAGGAGGAGGAGGAGGAGGAGGAGGAGGAGGUAUGACAGGAGGAGGAGGUGGGACGGGAGGAGGAGGUGGGAUGGGAGGAGGAGGAGGCAGUGGAGGAGGCAGCAGUGGAGGAGGCAUUGGAGGAGGAGGUGGAGGAUCGUGGGUUGGUGGUGGAGGUUCUACAGGGAAACCUAUGAAGACCUACCCAGUGAAGAUCGCUGUGAAGAACCAGCCAGAGGGGCCAAGGUUUGACCCCAAGGUCAAGGCUAUCCCCAUCUCAGAGGGAGGAGACUUCAACAUCAACAAGGUGAUCGGCUCAUACCAUGCCAUCGACGGAGACACACUAAUGCCUGCACAGAACGUCAGGUAUGCUAAGGGCUCUGACCCAGACAACUGGCUGACCGUUGAUGAGUUGACUGGGGAUAUUAAACUCAAUAAGAUGCCUGACAGAGAGUCCAAGUUCCUGGUCAACGGGACAUACUAUGCCAAAGUUCUCUGCAUGACCCAAGACAUGCCCUCUAAGACAGCCACGGGUACGGUAGCCAUCCAUGUGGAGGACUUGAACGACCACUGCCCCACGCUUACUAGUGACGUUCAGACCAUGUGUAUGACAGCCGAUGCUAUUACCGUGACUGCAGUGGACAAGGAUGCGUUCCCCAACGGAGCCCCCUUCACCUUCACCAUCAUCCCAGAGGGAACAGAGGGAGUGUGGGUGGUCGAGCACCUAAACGACACCUCGACCAUCCUGAAGUCCCAAAAGGAUUUGUGGCCGGGCUCCUAUGCAGUUGCCAUGGAGAUCCGCGACCGGCAGGGGCACGCGUGUCCUGACCUGCAGAAGCUAAAGGUAGAUGUCUGCACGUGUGCGGACAAAGGGAAGGCGUGCGCGACGCGAGGAGCUAAGGGCUCUACUGGGGCAGUUCUAGGGCCUGCAGCAAUUGGACUGCUCUUCCUGGGUCUGCUGACGCUACUGCUAAUCCCUCUCCUGCUGUUGUUCUGUACGUGUGGGGGUGCCGGAGGUCUUCCUGGGGGCUUCACUGAGAUGCCCUUUGACGCCAAGGCACAACUUAUAUCCUACCACACUGAGGGACAGGGGGAGAACACGGAAGUACCUCUGCUGAACGCACCAGUUCAGGUCGACACAGGAAGGGUCAAAAUGGUCAAUGCGGAAACCAUUGCAGCAACGGCCGGAGGGGCGGGGCUAAUGAUAGGUGGUGGUCAGUUCCAGAACUCCUCUUCCACGAUGGGUGGUGGAUUCUACCAAUCAGACGGCCUUAUGGAUAUUGGAUAUAAUAAUGGAGGAGAGAUAAUCGGCCAUGGGAAUGGAGGGGGCUUUUAUUCUGAGUAUGAGAGCAGAGAAGGAGGAGGAGCCUAUGAAGGCAUCGCCCUGCCUGAUCACUACCUGGAGGAAUACUACUCUCAGAAAGCUCACUGUGCAGCUGAAAACCACAUCCAGAAGGACAGUAUGUUGGUGUAUGACUACGAGGGCCAGGGCUCUGCUGUGGGCUCGGUGGGAUGCUGCAGCCUCCUGGAAUCUGACAACGACCUCCAGUUCCUCAAUGACCUAGGGCCAAAGUUCAAGACCCUGGCCGAGGUGUGCCGCGGAGAGAGGUUCCAAACUGUCUCUGCGCCCCUGCCACCCAGACCCAUCAUCUCCAUGCCAACAGCAGCCAGCAGUGUGACGACCAAUGUGGCGUCCAGACUGGUUUCCGCCGCCCCAGUCCCAGCCCCAGCACCAGACCCAGCACCAGCCCCAGCCCCAGCACCGCCCCCUGCCCCGGCCCAGGUGACACACGUUGAGAGGGCUGUGGUGAGGGAGUCAGAUCGUUUGUCUACUCUGAGGCAGGACAUGGUGGGAGGAAGCCAGGGCCAGACCUUCCUACUGCAGCAACAGCCUAUGUACUACACCACCAUGCAGCCUAUGAUGCAGCCCGUGGUGCAGCAGAUGCACUAUGUAGUGGAGCAACAGGUUCCCAACAUACAGGGCAUGAUAAUGGUCAACGGGCCUCCGUCAGGCUCGGCCCAGGGCCUAGUGCUGCAAGGGCAACAGGUGGUGACCGGUAACCAGGCUCAGGGCACGCUUGGCAGGGGAGAGGGAGGCCUGAUGCAUAUGGGGAACAUGUCUGGUUCUCAGGGUAUGAUGGUGGUGGAUGGGCCGGUGAUGCAGGGGGGGCAGAUGCUCCAAGGGGGGCAAAUGCUGCAAGGGGGGCAGGUUUUUCAGGGAGGGCAAGUUCUUCAGGGGGGGCAGUUGGUACAAGGGGGUCAGGUCCUUCAGGGGGGUCAGGCCUGGCUGCAGCAGAGUAGCUCCCUGCAGCGAGGGGGCUUAUCAGGGUCACAGAGCAUGCUGGUGAUGGAGGGACAGGGGGUAUCAGCGGAGGUAGUGGGUGUCCUCUACACCACAGAGCAGUCCAGCGCAGGCUCACAGAGCGGCAUUGUAGGAUUGAACGGGUCCUCCAGCAAGGUCAGCGUAGGCCCCGCAUCCUCCUCCCGCAAGGCGGUGAUAGAGAAAAGAGUUGUGACCAACCAGAGCACUAGUAAAUAAGGUCUCGACAGAUAAUAUAAUACUAUAAACACAAGACACAUUAAAUGCCACUGAAGUUAUUUAUGGAUGGAAAUGUCACCACCUUGAAAGUUUUGAUUUCAAUUCAGUGGUCAAGAUGGGGGUAUUUUUUUGUCCCUGUAAAGCAUAUCAUUCUUAGAUGUAUAGUGGGUUUUAGAAUGAGAAAGUGUUAGAUUGUUGUUUAAAAAAUGUGGCAGUGGGCAAGUGUAAAUGUGCAGGUUCAGAAUAUUUUACAGAUUUUAACCUUGUGUCUGCUUGCACAGCGAAUUCUAUCAGCCAGGCCUAUAAAGCAUCCCACCUUAGUUCGAUCAUGCAGUGUGUGCAUGUGUGUUUUCAUGUGAGUGCGAUUCAGCUUCCAUCUGAAGUAAUGAACUAUAAAAAAUAAUGAACUAAUCAACUAUAUAUGCAUUGAGCUUGUCUGAUGCUAUAAGCACACUGUUUGAUUAAAUUAACACAAAUGCCUAAAGAGGGAACUAGGGAUAAAGAUAACCAGAAUUAUUUUCUUUUUUUGCCUGUCCCUACCAUCCUCCUCCCGCUCCUACUGGCCUUCGCAAAUUCUGAUGUUACUGUCCUGAACUUGCCAGGAAUAGGCUACACAAGGGGUCAGCAAACUUUCUCAUGUGGAAUUCAAAUUUAUCCUACCAUUUCUACUGAUUUGUGUGCCAGUUAUGAUUUUCAUAUGCACAUUUUUGUGUAGCAGUUUUCAUUAAUAAUAACAUCUUUGUAUCUUAAAAAAAUUAUAUCUAAAUGAAAAUGAUACAAACCUAAAAAGUUACUUCUAUUGCCAUUGCUAACUAUGUAAAAAGAGCCUAUGAAGCCAACAAAUAAAAAACAUUGCAGCCUGCAGGUAGAAAAUAUCCUGAUAAAAAUAAAUAUCCCAUAAAUCACAUUGGCUACACAUGACCUGUCUGCAACGAACUUGAAACAUUGUAUCAACUAUUAACUUGGGUCUGGCCUGAAGAACCUUGCCACAUUGUAUAAAAUAUUGGGCCCUCAAGACUUUUGCGAGCCAAUGAGACACACCUGUAGGCUAUUUGUGCAAGGGAUAAGAAGUAAUCAGGUAGGCCUAUUUUUACGAUGUUUCCACUGAUCAGAGCAUGACAUUUUUCCCUUUCACACUGAGUGUUUAUCAAAGGUAGAGAGCUGGAAAGAUUUUUCAAAUACAUUGAUGAACUAUUGUCAUUCUCAAUGGAUGUAAAAACAGACUUUGUUUGCUUGCUGUUGUUUGAGGUGAAGAAAAAUUUCUUUGAGAAGCUCCAAAGGUCAUUAGUGGUGGUGUGUUAAGCCAAACAGAAAUGCUAUCAGAUCCCCAAAUGGGCACAUUUAUAUGCCUACAUGUGCCUGCAGGCCAGGUAGCCUAUAGGCCUACUUAUAUGGUUAAUCAAGUGCGCGUCCUUACUCAACAUUGACAGGAGCGCUCCAAACAAAAGACAAUGACUAAAUUGACAAAACUCAUAAAUAUAAUUAAAUUAACCAGAACUGGUUUCUCACAAGUGUAGCAUAGGUUGUUCGCUCUGCAAACAACAUGACCACUCUGACAAUGACAAAGGUAAAAUACUGGAAUUAUAUUGAAUGCAUUAACACACAUUACCGUAACCAAAAAAACAUUGUAGAUUAGAAAUUAUAGGAAUUAACUGGAUGUACUACUGGUGAUAUAUGUAAUGGGGAAUUGAUAGACACUAAAAAUCAGGCGCCAACAAUUCACACUAUGAAGUUAUGAAACAAUGAAUGUGCACAAAUUGGCGGGAGAGAGGGUGUUCUGGAGAGAGAAGUGCAUUGUGAAGCCACAUGCCCCUUCUUCUUGGACUGUGCCGUCCCCGCGACCUCUGUAAUGGAUUAGUUCACUGAGAUGGCCGCGAAUAAGACAGGCAUGUCCUGUGCCAUAAAAAUAUAUAUUUGCUACUGCUCAACUAAAAAAAGCCUUGGUCGACCAACAGCCUAUCUAGCAAACAUUCAACCAGUCAAAUAAUUGGGGUCAACCCUAAUUUCUGUUGAUUAGCAUCAAGGAUCAACCUGAUUUUGAUUAGGAGCACUGUAUUGAGUAUUGAGCACUUCUUUACAGGCGAAACAAAUCUAAAGCUUUUUUGUUUUUCUAUUGGCUGUUAGUGUGAGUUUGUCAUCCACAGAGGUGUGAUUGCUGUUAUUUUAUGUGAACAUCUCCACCCACGUCUCCCUGAGACAGGCUCUCAGCCCCCCACCACACGCGCAUGAAGGCACACUUACACACACACACCUCCUCUUCAGUCUGUGGGACUUGUCCAUGCACACCAAGAGCAUGUUAGACUGUACAUUUCCAUACCAACCCUGACAUCUUGUCCAGUCAGUGUAAGAUUCUGCACCUUGUUGGCAUCUUAUACCUGGAACCUGCUAGUCCCGCUGAGCAGGGCUCUGAGCAAGCCUCACAUAGGACAGAAGUGGAUGAGCUAUAGCCAAUAGGCAAAGAGAUACAACAGAAGUGGAUGAGCUAUAGCCAAUAGGCAAAGAGAUACAACAGAAGUGGAUGAGCUAUAGCCAAUAGGCAAAGAGAUACAACAGAAGUGGCUGAGCUAUAAACUAUAUAUUCUACACCCAUCUCUGGCAUACACAUCCAUGUUUGUUAUUUCAGUGAUUAGACAGGUUUGUUUAGAUAUUCUUUUUCUGUCUCUGCUUGUAUUGUAUUGUAACUAUUUGAUGGUUUUGUUUGAUCUGAAUUUAACGUAUACGUCAUUAAUUGGACUUUCUAAAAGCAGCAAGCAUGUUCUCAGAGCUUGAAGCAUGAAGAAUGUGCUUCCAUUUUUCAGUCUUAAGCUCAAAACAUGAAGUUGGAGUUUGUCAACGUAAUAAUACUGCGAUUGUCACACAGUUUUUCUCACGUAACUGUUGGGUGCUCAUUCUGAAACAAAGUAUAAUAGCUAUGCCCCAAAGCUUUUAAUUUGAUCCAGGUUUGAUUGAAUCUAUACUUGUAGUUGCAUCAGUUAUAGUACUUAAGGAUGGGUCUUAGUAUUUUUAUGUUGUUUGUGUUUUUGUGUACAAAUAUUCUCAUAUUUUUAUGUAACUUUUUUUAUACCUUGUUGUGUUUGUGUAUGCACUCAGACUGUUACCUAAACAUGGAUUUAUCCAAUCAAUGUCUAUUUUGUUUUUAACAAGAAUGGGAAGAGGGGGAAAUUAUUACCACAUGUCUAAGAUUAUCUAAUAAUUCUCAAAGUACCAGGGGAACAUUGUAUAGUUUAUUUUAUGUUACUCUUCUGUUAAAUGCACUGGUAUGUAUUUUGUCAAACGCUGGGUAUAUCUGAAAACAGUUUUUCUUAGGCGUGUUUGUUCCAGAGAAAGUUUGGCAAAAAGGAGAGGACUGCGAUAAAGAACUAUUGCUGUAUUGCACAAGAAGAUACAAACUACUGACCUCCUGCACAGUCACUGUCUUUGUUGUCUGUCUGAUCUCAGAUUUCAUCAACAAAAUGUCAUCGAGCCAAAGUUUCAUGUCAACUGUAUUUAGAGAUCAAAGUCAGUUUGGUUAUUUAGACUGAAGUUAGGAGUGUCCAAUACAUUAAUUAUAUACAGCACUUUUGAAGCAAGUCUAUUAUAUAAAUAACAAUUAUAGUACGCUAUCCCUUAAGGUUUUGACAUGAGUCACAGUUCAAUCAGGCUUUUAUCUCCUGAAACGUCUCUGGAACACUCACUCUUAAGUAAUGUUUCUAUUUUGGUUUGUAAAAGAGACAUUAUUUUAAAUGUUACAGCUUCAAUAAAGCUCCUCUUUUGUUA